UUUACUCCAACAGGAUGGUGUUCGAUUGACAAGGAUAAGCAUACCGACAUGGGAGGCGGUCGCAGCGUCGGCAGGUUACACUCUCGCUUGUGUCCGCAUCUAUGUCCGUGGGUUUUGCGGAGCCCCGCUGCCCCGCUUCGAUCCCCGGAGUCGCUGUGGGGACACAGUACUUCAGGUUCCAGGUUCUGGCGUUGCCGACCAGCCCUCCUCGUCCCCCCAAGUCUGCCGGGCAGCGCCCAAGAUAUUCCGCCUCCUCAACGCUCGGCACGAUGAUGCCUGUCGAGCGCCACCGCGCGCGGAUGAUCGUUCUCGUUCUCCUCACCGUACUCGUGACCCCCGCCCCGCUCUUGGCUGCGGCGCCUCCGCGCUCGCCCGUGAAUACCUCCACCUACGGUCUUCCGGCCGGAAUCAGACGCGACCUCCGCUCUAUCGUCGCCGGGCGGCUGCCCGGUCUUGUCCCGUGCUCGCGAACUUGCGUGUAUACGCCAGCCCGCCCGCGAUGUCAUGCAGGGGCGCAGUGACUCGUUCGCCCGCCUUCUGUAUUGUAUUCACAUGUCAGACCAUGGGAGAGGCGCGCGCGAUCACCUGGCUCCCGUACUUAUAGGAUGUCUCGCUUGGCG